AUUUUUUCCUCGUUGAUUGAGUUGAACAGAUACAGAAUCAACCGAAAGAGUUCGUUACAGACUUGUAUUGUGUGAAUUGUGGUUAAUUGAACCAGUUGCAUUGUGGUUAUCCUACACGUCCAAGGUUCGCCUGCCGUCUGGUGAGUAUACGGGAGAUUUCCAAAACAACAUCGGAGUUCCACGACGGAGUAUGACAUUCAGGGGAAUCCUAGUUUAAGAAAGCCUGAGGAUAAUCGGACGUUUGAAAAGACCUAGGGAUUGCAGAUCAGCUGCUCAUGAAGAGAACCCAUGGUGUAGGGGUCGCUCUGGUAGAUAAAAUUUCUGCAUGGUCUAGGAAGCUUCGCGUGUCCUUUCCCCGCAGAUUUUUCUCCGCCGAAUGUUCGCUAUCUUUUUCGCAUCCACCUGUAUCUUACUUCCACUGUGCACGUUUCAUGCAUUCCUCUUUGAACAAGUGUACUUUAGCGACGUUGAUUCUCUAGCUAUUUAUACUCGCUGCAGUCAAUUUCAUUGCCAGCUCUCGGCACUGUCGUUAUUGAACCAGUAUCGCUGAGAUCUUCUGAGCUACAAUUUGCUGUGAGGGUGUUGUUUUUCAGUACGUGGUUUCUGGAUUUGAUCUGACUUUUGACUUGUAGCCGAUCAAUUUAUUCUGACUUUUAAAACAAAAUAGCAGUCAUUUUAGGUCAUUGAAAACCAUGGCAUCCUCCCAAUUUGAGGGUGGUAAGGUCAGGCAUAAGCAGGUUGUCCUGGCAGCAAUUCCCAAGGGCAUGCCGAAGGUGACCGACCUUCGAGUGGAGGAGACGGAGACCGACGUGGUUGUGCAGCCUGACUCCAAUGAUGUGGCUGUCAAGCUCCUGUACAUCUCCCUCGAUCCAUACUAUCGAGAACUCAUGGCGGAAGAGGACCUUCUUGGAUUGGGGUUGUACAAAAAAGGCGAGCCAAUUUAUGGUGGCGUCGUUGCUGAGGUGGUAUUGUCCGACAACCCUGAUUUUCAAGUCGGGGACACGGUGCUUGGGAACUUAAAUUUCUCUGAAUAUGUUGUUGUGCCGAAAGGGCAGGACCUCAUAAAGGUGGAUGCCUCUCAAGUACCCGCUUCCUACUACCUUGGUGUACUUGGCAUGCCAGGGCUCACAGCUUGGGUGGGUUUGAAGCUCAUCGGGAAGGCAAAAGCAGGAGAUCAAGUCUUUGUAACAGCUGCGGCUGGCGCAGUUGGCCAGGUUGUGGGUCAACUAGCCAAAGUCUACGGUUGCCGUGUCGUUGGAAGUGCUGGAUCAGAUGAAAAGGUAAAAUUGCUGAAGACAGAGUUUGGCUUCGAUGACGCCUACAAUUACAAAACGGAGGCCGAUUUAGAUAAAGCACUGAAGAGGCACCUUCCAAACGGAAUAGAUAUCUACUUUGACAAUGUUGGAGGUGAAACUUUGGACGCAGUGUUCAAGAAUGUUAAUAUGGGCGCACGCAUAGUAUUAUGUGGAGCCAUCUCUCAAUACAAUGUGGCAGAGGACAAAAGAUACGGCAUAAAGAAUCUGUUCUCUGCAGUAGCAAAAGCCGUGAAGAUGGAGGGAUUUUUAGUUGGUAAAUACACGGCUGAGCACAUGGGGGAGUAUGCGACAGAAAUGAGUGGGUACCUGAAGGAGGGGAAAGUGAAGUACAGAGAACAUGUGACGAAGGGAAUAGAGAAUUUCCCAUCUGCUUUCGCAGGAUUAAUGACGGGUGAAAAUGUUGGCAAAUCGGUUCUCCGUGUUUGAAACAGACGGUCCCGUUUUUCAAACUUGGCUAAUCUCCAUUUCGAUCUUCAUAGAAAAUUGUGAAAAGAUAAAGAUAUACUUCGAUAUAUAUAUAAAUAAAAUGAGUUAUUUAUAUAUCUAUUUAACAACUCGAUGUAUAUAUAUAAAUAACUCAUUUUAGUAUGUUUUUUUAA